CCCUCCCCUCCUACUCAGCUGGGCUCCUGUGGAAAAGCAACAGUGUCCUUCCUAGCCAGCCGGAGGCCGCCGCGGCCCAGACGGGCAAAGGGACCGGUGUCCCCCCCUCCCAACUCCCCACAAGGAGCUCUGCAACCCCGGGACCAUGGAUACUCUAAAUAGGAGCCAGCUAGGCCCUGCGUGCAAGUCCCAGGCUGUGGUGCAGAAAGGUCCACUGGACCUGAUUGAGACAGGGAAAGGACUGAAAGUGCAGACGGACAAACCGCAUCUGGUGAGCCUGGGCAGCGGUAGGCUCAGCACAGCUAUCACGCUCCUGCCGCUGGAGGAAGGGAGGACAGUGAUUGGUUCCGCAGCCAGGGAUAUCUCACUCCAGGGUCCAGGCCUGGCUCCAGAACACUGCUACAUCGAGAAUCUGAGGGGUACUCUCACCCUGUACCCCUGUGGCAAUGCCUGCACAAUUGAUGGGCUCCCUGUUCGGCAGCCUACCCGGCUCACUCAGGGCUGCAUGUUGUGUCUGGGCCAGUCCACCUUCCUGCGCUUUAACCACCCUGCUGAAGCCAAGUGGAUGAAGAGUAUGAUUCCAGCAGGGGCCCGGGCCCCAGGGCCCUCCUAUAACCCCGCCUCUGCUGAAUCAGAGAGCCUGGUGAAUGGGAACCACACGGGCCAGCCUGCAACCCGGGGACCUUCAGCCUGUGCCAGCCACAGUUCCCUCGUGAGCUCUAUUGAGAAGGACCUGCAGGAAAUCAUGGACUCGUUGGUGCUAGAGGAGCCUGGAGCUGCUGGCAAGAAGCCCGCUGCCACAUCCCCGCUGUCACCAAUGGCUAAUGGUGGCCGCUACCUGUUGUCACCUCCAACCAGCCCCGGUGCCAUGUCUGUGGGCUCCAGCUAUGAGAACACCUCUCCAGCCUUCUCUCCUCUUUCCUCACCAGCCAGCAGUGGAAGCUGUGCCAGCCACUCACCCAGCGGUCAGGAGCCAGGCCCAUCUGUGCCUCCACUGGUGCCUGCCCGUUCCUCUAGCUACCAUUUGGCUCUGCAACCCCCACAGUCUCGUCCAAGUGUAACUCGUUCCUCCGAAAGUCCUCGGCUGGGCAGAAAAGGGGGUCACGAGAGACCUCCCAGUCCUGGUCUCCGGGGUCUUCUGACUGACAGUCCUGCAGCCACAGUCUUGGCUGAGGCCCGCAGAACCACCGAGAGCCCCCGACUGGGUGGGCAGUUACCUGUGGUGGCUAUCAGCCUGAGUGAAUACCCGUCUUCUGGUGCCCGCAGCCAACCCACAAGUAUUCCUGGCAGUCCCAAGUUCCAGUCUCCAGUCCCUGCUCCCCGCAGCAAGAUUAGCACGCUCCAGGAGCGCCCUCCCAGUCCUUUCUGUGAGCCUCCAGGCACAGGCACAGAACGGGUGUUAACGACCAGUCCCUCUCGACAACUGGUGGGCCGAACUUUUUCAGAUGGGUCAGCAACCCGUACCCUCCAGCCUCCUGAGAGUCCUCGCUUGAGCCGACGAGGCCUGGACAGUAUGCGAGAACUGCCACCCUUGAGUCCAUCUCUGUCCAGAAGGGCUCUGUCUCCACUGCCAGCCCGGACUACCCCAGAUCCCAAGCUAAGCAGGGAAGUGGCUGAGAGUCCUCGGCCCAGGCGCUGGGCAGCUCAUGGGACUUCGCCAGAGGACUUCUCCCUGACUCUGGGAGCGCGGGGCCGCAGGACUCGGAGUCCCUCACCUACACUUGGGGAGUCCCUGGCACCUCGCAAAGGCAGCUUCAGUGGCAGGCUAAGCCCAGCCUAUAGUCUGGGCUCCCUUACUGGGGCUUCACCUCGUCAGAGCCCCCGUGCUCAGAGGAAACUUUCUAGUGGGGAUUUGCGGGUGCCUAUCGCGAGGGAGAGGAAAAAUAGCAUCACGGAGAUCAGUGACAAUGAGGACGAUCUUUUGGAGUACCACCGACGACAGCGCCAGGAGCGGCUCCGGGAACAGGAGAUGGAGAGGCUGGAACGCCAGCGCCUGGAGACUAUCUUGAACCUGUGUGCCGAGUACAGCCGAGCUGACGGGGGACCCGAGGCUGGGGAAUUGCCCAGUAUUGGAGAGGCCACCGCAGCGCUGGCAUUGGCAGGGAGGAGGCCCUCGAGAGCCUUGACAGGAGCCACGGUGGUCUCUGGGAGGAGCGGUGAGGAGUCUGGAGGUGCCUCCCAGCGCCUGUGGGAGAGCAUGGAACGCUCUGAUGAGGAAAACCUCAAAGAAGAGUGCAGCAGCACGGAGAGCACCCAGCAGGAGCAUGAAGAUGCUCCUAGCACGAAGCUCCAGGGAGAGGUGCUGGCUGUGGAAGAGGAGCGGGCUCAGGUGCUGGGGCGUGUGGAGCAGCUGAAGGUCCGAGUAAAGGAGUUGGAGCAGCAGCUGCAGGAGGCAGCCCGAGAGGCUGAGAUGGAGAGGGCAUUGCUGCAGGGCGAGAGGGAGGCAGAGCGUACACUGCUGCAGAAAGAACAAAGGGCAGUGGACCAGCUGCAGGAGAAGCUGGUGGCCUUGGAGACCGGCAUCCAGAAGGAGAGGGACAAGGAGAGGGCGGAGCUGGCCGCAGGACGGAGGCACCUGGAGGCCCGCCAGGCGCUCUACGCCGAGCUCCAGACGCAGCUCGAUAACUGCCCCGAGUCAGUGCGGGAACAGUUACAGGAGCAGCUGAGAAGGGAGGCAGACGCUCUGGAGACUGAGACAAAGCUCUUUGAGGACCUGGAGUUCCAGCAACUGGAGCGGGAGAGCCGCGUGGAGGAGGAGCGGGAACUGGCGGGCCAGGGGCUGCUACGGAGCAAGGCUGAGCUGCUGCGCAGCGUGACCAAGAGGAAGGAGCGCCUAGCUGUAUUGGACAGUCAGGCUGGGCAGAUCCGGGCCCAAGCACUGCAGGAGUCAGAGCGUCUGGCCCGGGACAAGAAUGCCGCCCUGCAGCUACUACAAAAGGAGAAGGAGAAACUGACGGUGCUCGAGAGGCGAUAUCAUGCGCUCACCGGCGGGAGGCCUUUUCCCAAGACCACUUCGACCCUCAAAGAGUACGUGACGCUUGAGCAGCUAAAAGUGAUGUGGGGCACCUCAGCCAUGCCCCCAGCCCCUUCGCCAGGCCUGCCUUCCUGGGCUUCUGCCUCCCGAGACCUGGUUCCCAUCACCCGUCUUCCUCCCAUGCUGCCCUCUUCUUCCUUCGCUUCCAUCACGCCUUCAUCUAAGAUGGAGAAGCUGCUGCUCCCUGCUGUAGACUUAGAGCAGUGGUACCAGGAGCUGAUGGCCGGGCUGGGGACUGGCCUCGCCGCAGCCUCCCCUCGCUCCUCUCCCCCGCCUCUGCCUGCCAAAGCCUCCCGUCAGCUGCAGGUUUACCGCUCCAAGAUGGACGGCGAGGCCACCAGCCCUCUGCCACGGACCCGUAGUGGCCCUCUCCCCUCCUCCUCAGGCUCUUCAUCCUCUUCCUCACAGCUCAGCGUGGCUACCCUGGGCCGUAGUCCAUCACCAAAGAGUGCCCUGCUUGCCCAGAAUGGCACCAGUAGCCUUCCUCGAAACCUGGCAGCCACGCUGCAGGACAUUGAGACUAAGCGCCAACUGGCCCUACAGCAGAAAGUCGAGUCACUUCCUGCCGAGCCCCUCCCACCCGACGACCCAGCAGGACACCAGGUGAUUGAGGAGCAGCGGAGGCGACUGGCCGAGCUGAAGCAGAAAGCAGCCGCCGAGGCCCAGUGCCAGUGGGAUGCCCUGCACGGUGCAGCGCCCUUUGCAGCAGGCCCCUCCGGCUUCCCAGCGCUCAUGCACCAUUCCAUCCUGCACCACCUGCCAGCUGGCAGGGAGCGUGGCGAGGAGGGUGAACAUGCUUAUGACACCCUGAGCCUGGAGAGCUCAGACAGCAUGGAGACCAGCAUCUCUACAGGGGGCAACUCAGCCUGCUCCCCUGACAACAUGUCCAGUGCCAGUGGUCUGGACAUGGGCAAGAUUGAGGAGAUGGAGAAGAUGCUAAAGGAAGCUCAUGCAGAGAAGAGCCGGCUCAUGGAGUCCAGGGUGAGGCUGACUGGAGCCAGGAGGCAGCAGGUGGAGCGGGAGAUGGAACUGCGGAGGCAGGCCCUGGAGGAGGAACGGCGGAGGCGGGAGCAGGCUGAGAGGCGGCUGCAGAGCGAGAGCGCCCGCAGGCAGCAGCUGGUGGAGAAGGAAGUGAAGCUGCGGGAGAAACAGUUUUCCCAGGCACGGCCUCUUACACGCUAUCUGCCCAACCGGAAGGAGGACUUUGACUUGAAGACCCACAUAGAGUCAUCAGGCCACGGCGUGGACACCUGCCUACACGUGGUGCUUAGCAGCAAGGUCUGCCGUGGCUACUUGAUCAAGAUGGGCGGCAAGAUUAAAUCGUGGAAGAAGCGCUGGUUUGUCUUUGAUCGGCUCAAGCGCACCCUUUCCUAUUAUGUGGACAAGCACGAGACAAAGCUGAAGGGGGUCAUCUACUUCCAGGCCAUCGAGGAGGUGUACUAUGACCACCUACGCAGUGCAGCCAAGAAAAGGCUCUUCCACUUCACUAUGGUGACUGAGAGUCCGAAUCCAGCCCUCACCUUCUGCGUGAAGACCCAUGACCGGCUGUACUACAUGGUGGCCCCAUCUGCAGAGGCCAUGCGCAUCUGGAUGGAUGUCAUCGUCACGGGAGCUGAGGGCUACACCCAGUUCAUGAACUAACUACCGUGCACGUCCUGGGUUCCCAGGUCAGCCCCAGGACCCAUGCCCUGCCACCUGCUGCUUGGCUUGUCCCUGAAGACAGCAGCACACUGGGUACCGGGCCACACAGGGCCAGGAUGUGGCAGAGAACCCCAGGGCUUUUGUGCAAGAAGACAAAUUGUUCUGUGAGGGGUUCGGUGCUUGAGGGCUGGGCCUGGGUCCCUAAAAGGCCAGCAGAGAGGAGAGGGAGAGGCUUUGUUGCCUCUUGGGAGCCCAGAAGUUAACGGGUUCCUUCUUGGGUCCGGCAGGCCUGAAGAGGUGUGGCAGAGCUGGGCUCUCAACUCUGUCCUGGCACCUGCUCACCCCAGCUUGUUUUCUCUUUAUAAAGGACAAAUUAUGGUACCAGAAUCUGCCAAAGAUUCCCUUCUCAUCUCACCCCUGUGCAGGGGCCUGGGGGGUACUGGGCAGAGCCAUGUGUAGAGUUGGGGAACAGCUCAGGCCAGCGCUUCCCAACCCUGUGCCGCCCCUCAUCCUCCCAGCUCCGUACUUCUCACUACUCUGCUCAAGGACCAGAGACCUCAGGUGUCAUCCUUGAGGUCCAGCCCCAUCACCAUGGUCUCCAUGGUGACUGCUUAUCACCACGGUUACACACUAAUUGCCAUGGCCACUCUGUGGCUCAGCCCACUGCUUCAGCUGUGGGCCACAUGAAGGUACGUGCCAUCGUCUCUCCAGCCCAGGCCUGGGGGUGUGUCACCUGGCAGGAGGAAACGCCACCUCCCUGUUACAGUCUGUCUCCAGCCCCCAGUCCAGCCUCUCCUUUCCGCUGUGCCUUGCUUAGAGCCAGAAGGGACGGUGUUUGGGGAUCCGAGACCAGGGGAACAGCAGCACUGAGGGGAGAGGAAGCUGAGAUUCUGCCCUCCUGUCCUGACAGGACCAGUUCCCAAUAAGGAAGGAGAGUAGCUCAGGGUGCCCCGAAGGAAUCCUGAGCUGUGGGUGGGGAGGGCAGAAGCAAGGCCCUGAGUUGUGGUACCCUCCCUUCAGUUUCCCAGGGGCGAUGGGAAAAGAGUGGAGGAUCGAGUCUCCAGCUGGCUGGCUUCAGCCUUUACGCCUUAACACUAAGCCACCUCCCUCCCCUCCCCAGCACCGGACCCUUGGUCGCUGGGCCUGGCUGGGUGUUUUGCAGUAUUUGUAAGCAUUUCAGCAGAACAAUAAUAAAAGCAUUUUGACAAGUA